CCUAGAGAGCAGGUUCACAGAGUCACCCACCUCCCCAGGCCAGCAGCAUCUGCAAGGUCCCCGAUGGCCCCAGCCUGGUCCUUACUCCUGGCCCUGCUGCUGCUCAGCUGCAACGCCAUCUGCUCUCUGGGCUGCCACCUGCCUCACACCCACAGCCUGGCCAACAGGAGGGUCCUGACACUCCUGCAACAACUGAGGAGGGUCUCCCCUUCCUCCUGCCUGCAGGACAGAAAUGACUUCGCAUUCCCCCAGGAGGUGCUGGGUGGCAGCCAGUUGCAGAGGGCUCAAGCCAUCUCUGUGCUCCACGAGGUGACCCAGCACACCUUCCAGCUCUUCAGCACCGAGGGCUCGGCCGCUGCGUGGGACCAGAGCCUCCUGGACAAGCUCCGCACUGCACUGGAUCAGCAGCUCACUGACCUGCAAGCCUGUCUGAGGCAGGAGCAGGGGCUGCAAGGGGCUCCCCUGCUCAAGGGGGACUCCAGCCUGGCUCUGAGGAAAUACUUCCACAGAGUCACUCUCUACCUGCAAGAGAAGGGACACAGCCCUUGUGCCUGGGAGGUUGUCAGAGCAGAAGUCAUGAGAGCCUUCUCUUCCUCACCAAACUUGCAGGAGAGAUUCCGGAGGAAGGACUGACACACACCUGGUUCAACA